AUGGUCCAGAUCACAACAAGGCGGACUGACUUUCCCAAGCCACUGGACAUGUACAAAGCGCUCGAUAUUUAUGGAAAAAAUCUGAUUUCAACCGAAGGCCCAGAAUGGCGCAUGCAUCGCAAGCUCGCUGCGCCCAGUUUUGGAGAAAAGAAUAAUCAGUUGGUUUUCACAGAAUCGAUUCAUCACGCCAAAUCAUUGCUGGGUUUGUGGACUGGAGCCGACGGUCGUGGCAAUAAGACGGUAGCUGACCCAUCUCACGGGGCAAUGAACCUCGCCCUCUAUAUCAUUAGCAGUGCAGGCUUUGAUGUACGCGUGGUCUGGCCGCAUGAAGAGGGGAUUCCGGUAGCAGACAGGAAAACAGAGGGCAGAUCCAUGUUUGUGGGCUCUGAGACGCCAUCUGGUCACCAGAUGAACUACCGUGAAGCAAUAGGCGAGCUACUGCAUAACAUCAUGUGGACCAUUAUCAUUCCUCCCAAAUAUCUGCUCAAGUCACCGAUUAAGUUUCACCGCAAGGUUGGCAAGGCAGUCGUUGAAUGGGGCCUCUACAUGGACGAGCUGUAUGAGCUCAAAAAAAAGCAGGUAGCUUCUGGUAAUGCUGCAGAUGGUAUGGAUCUCUUCGAAGCACUUAUCCGAGGAAGCGGCAUCCUCGAUGAGAAGACUACAGAACUACAGAAGAGCGACCUUCUUGGUAAUGCGUUUGUGCUCAUGCUUGCUGGUCACGAGACAACCGCCAAUACUCUACACUUCUCUCUGAUAUACCUGGCCAUGAAUUGGAGUUCACAGAGGCGACUACAAGAGGAUAUUGAAAAUUGCAUGCAGGGCAAGCCCAUACAGGACUGGACGUACGAAGAAGACUUUCCGAAGCUCUUUGCUGGCAUGACAGCAGCAGUAAUGAACGAGACUCUUCGCCUACUACAGCCCAUCGUCAACAUACCUAAGUCCACUGCGCCGGGACGGCCGCAGCAAAUCACUCUUGGGAGAGAGCAGCACACUAUUCCAGGUGGAACACACGUCUGGCUCAGCUCCGCUAUUCAUCGAAACCCAAAGUAUUGGCCGGGCCCCGCAGACUCGCCCAGUAAUGAAGGCAUACAAGACGUCGACUGCUUCAGACCUGAGCGUUGGCUCACAAGCUCGAACAAUGGCGAUGAUUUCGUAGACAUUAACUACGACGAAGAGGAACUCCGUGGUCCGUCCGGCGAAGAUACGUCCUCGCAGCUCUUCAAGCCCGAAAAAGGCGCGUAUAUUCCUUUCAGCGACGGGUUCAGAUCCUGUAUCGGCCGACGCUUUGCACAGGUAGAGGUGAUGGCUGUUAUGGCUACCAUCUUCACACAGUACAGUGUCGAGUUGGCAGUGGAUGAUUUUGCCAGUGACGACGAGGUUGAGAGGAUGCCGAAGGGUGGCAAGCAGAGAAGAGACCUAUACCAAAAGGCUUGCGAUAGGGCAGACUACUAUUUGAAAGAAAAGAUGGCCAGCAUCGUUACUUUACAGCUGAGGGGUGUCUCCAUUCCAAUUCGGUUGGUCAGGAAAGGGGAGGAGAGAUUUUUGUUCGACCAAUGAUUGAUCGUGUAUACUACAUAUGAUUUUAAUUUGAGACUGCAAUGGCUUCAUCCGC